AUGGAACUCAAAUUUGACAAAAAUUACUUCACUACUUUUGAAUAAUCUUAAAAUAUCUAAACUAAAAGAUCUCUAAAAAAAAUGAUUGAAAAAAUAAUUAUUUUAGUUUUCAUAAAUCCAAAAUUACUGCUCAUAAGAAUAGUAAUUUAUCAUCUAUUAUUCCUGCUGAAGUAUCAUCAAAUUAAAAUAAAAAGAUCAAUAUUUCUUUUGAAAGUAGCAUUGAAUAAUAAAAUUUGAUUAAUUAAAAGAGUCUGAUUGCAGAAACACUUAUGGACCAUUAUAAUUGGAAGUAAUUUUCAAGUCUCCAAAAAAUAAUUAUGAAGAUAUCCAUAAUAUCGAUCUCCCUGCCAACCUGAAUUUGAUUUAUAUAGUUCCAGGCAACAAGAAGAGAACCUUCAUAAUUAUUCAGAUAUAUUAUCUGAUUAUGAAUAAGAUAAUGUAGUAAGUAGAUAAUGUACUAAUAAUCAUGAAAGUGAAAAGAAGCAGCCUACAAUAAAUAUGA